AUGAUCUAUGUAUUCUUUGACAAUCUACCAUCGAUGGUUGGCAUCGUCGACCUGUACAAAACCAGCGCAGACCAAUCACUGCCAAUUCACAAACGCUACGACUUUAGAUUUAUAGCGUCAAACAAAGCCACAAAGGAAACACUUGGAAAGUUCUCACCAAUCAAGGACGUUGUGAAGAAGACAUUGGAUGGAUAUUUGGCGAGAGAGGAAUUGGAGUUGCCAGAGUACUUCUUGACUUUGUGGACAAAGAAUAUGGUCAAGUGUUUAAAGAAUGGAAAGAUGGUCAAGUUCUCAUAUCCUAGAUACGUCCACUCGGGCUACGUGCCAAAGGAGGACGAUUUAUUCACAGACCAGGUCAUCUGGAAGCGUUGUACCAUUGAUAUGAUGGGCCGCUCGUCGACGGGUGCGCCACGCUUCUACUUCAUGGCCGAGGAGGUCAUCAAAGAGGGCGUCACCAAGUACAAGACAUUGGCAUUGGAGCGCGAGUACCGCAACAAGCUCGAGUCACUCCAGAGCAACAUAGAGCAGCGCGUCGAUCAUUGCACAGAGAUCAGACUCAAGUACAUACUCGAGUCCAUUCCACAGAUCGUAUGGGUGACGGACUCGCGAGGCGUCAUCGAGUUUGUAAAUAGAAAGUGGAUCGACUUCCUUGGCGUUGACGCGCCCGGACAGCGACUGUCCUGGGCCUCGCUGGCGAGCGAUGUCAGCGGCUCGGGCGAAGCCACCGACCGCCUUUGGGUCGACUGUCUCGUGAACACCAAGCGAUUCGAGGCCGAGAUCCUCCUCAACAGUCCAGCAGGCGGUAGCGACCGCUGGUUCCUGGUUCGCGCUGAGCCGUACCGCGAGACAAGUGGCGGACCCGUGCGUUGGAUUGGCUCGUGUACCGACACGCACGACCAAAAGACCGCACAGGAUCGCAUUGAGAAGGCCGAGAAGUGCAAGGCCAUCUUCUUGCAGACCAUGUCACACGAGAUGAGGACACCACUGGCCGGCAUCAUUGGAAUGAACUCAUGGUUGAUCAGUUCAGAGACGUUGUCCUCCGAUCAACUGGACUGCUGCAAGACUGUAAACAUGUGUGCCGAUGCACUGCUCAAACUGAUCACCAACAUCCUGGACCUAAGCAAGCUCGAGGAGAACAAGAUAACACUCGAAGAGGCAGAGUUCACGCCAAACAAGAUCGUGGAGGACAGCGUGGACAUUGUGGCCGCACUCGUUGAGAAGAAGAAUCUGGAGAUCAUCUAUCAGAUUGACUUCAACACGCUACCCGUGGUCGUUGGCGACUACUAUCGAAUCAUUCAGGUCAUGACCAACCUGCUGUCCAACUCUGUCAAGUUCACGCCAGAGGGCGGCACCAUUCGGGUCGGCUGCUCGUUCGACCCGCUGUCCCUGUCACAGUCAUCAUCUCACCUGACCUCACGCCACAUGGGCGGUCGCUAUGGCAAGAUACAGUUCUGGGUUGAGGACACUGGCAUUGGCAUACCUGAGGCGGGACGCGAGAAGCUCUUCCAGGCCUUUUCACAGUACGACGCGUCCAUGUCCCGCAAGUAUGGUGGCAGUGGUCUGGGACUGGCCAUCUCCAAGCGUCUGACACAGGUACUUGGCGGAGACAUCUGGUUCAGAAGCGAGCCAAAGAAGGGCUCGGUGUUCAACUUUACAGUGCAGGUGUUCUUCCCUGACGCCAACAACAGUCCCUUCCUCAAGUGUCUGGCCGCAGUCCCAGCCAGGCGCUCACCCCUUCUCCCUGACCCAAACAUACUGCAACAGAGCCCCACGAUGGUGUCGCAGUCUGGCAACAAGCAGUCACAGGUCAUACUCAUGACGACGCGACAGGAGUUUGCAGCGAUGGUAACUGGGUGGACCCGCGAGUGGGAGCUGGGCACAAACGUUGUAACGUCCAUCGCCGAGAUGUCGACGGUCAUUGAUGAACUCAAGGCCAAUGUACAGGUUGGAAAGAAACUCGAUGUGGCAUUCCUCAUCGACGAACCCGAAUGGAAGAAUGUUGCCGAAGACUCAUCCCAGCAGGACCUGUUGGUGCGAUACACCAAUGACACCAAUACCAACUUUAAGCCGAUCUUGGUCGGAUACAACAAACCAUCGCAACUCAUGCCAUUGCUAAAGAGACCAAUCAAGAACAAGACACUCAGAGAGAUGUUGGAGACCAACCUACUAUACUUUACCAAGAGCAAUGCUAUUGAGCUGCCGCCAAUCAUCACCUUCCAGAGUCCUGGUUCCCUCGCCAGUCUCGGUGGUGGUGGGGGUGGCGGCGACGCUCUAUCCCAUGAGCAACAACAACAACAGCUACAGAUACAGCAACAACAACAACAUCAGCAAUCUCGACCAAACCCACAGGUCAAGCACAGGUUGGAUGAAGACGAUAAUGAAGAAGAAUCUGACGACACUUUCGACGACUCAUCACCUGUACCCACAUUCAAGCGCGCGAGGAGAUGCUCACCAUUGGCCAUCUACGAUAGCAUCAGUUGCAACUUCUCUCCAUCACCAUUGAUCCAAUCGCCUGGACUUGUCCUACCUCAAUUUACCUUUGACAGCAGCCAAUCACCCAACCGCAAGAACUCCUUUAACCUUGACAACGAAGUACCUCUCGAACAAAUCGGUGGGAAGUAUCCCCUGAAGAUCAUGGUUGCUGAGGACAGUCUCGUGAAUCAAAAGGUAGCAAAGAGAUACUUGACCAGAAUGGGAUAUGACGGUGAUGAGAUUGUGUUUGUUGUGAAUGGAAAGGAAGCCGUCGAGUAUCUGGAAAAGAACGAGAUGGUGGACGUCGUACUCAUGGACAUGCAGAUGCCCGAGUUGGAUGGCUGCGGUGCUACUUCCAAGAUUCGACAGAUGUUCCCCAACAGCGGGCCCCAUAUCGUUGGAAUGACCGCGAACGCCUUCAGCGAGGACAAGGACAAGUGUCUCUUGAGCGGUAUGUGUCAGUAUCUGGCCAAACCCGUCAAGCUUGAGGACCUUGCCCUUGAGCUUAAGCGAGCGUGGUUCACAAGGAAGGACUUCAGAGUGUGCAUGUGCAAGGUACUAUGA